AUGGUCAAUGUCAACAAAACCCUCGUUUUCCUAGCUGCUGCUGUAGCUGUGAGCGCAGGCGUCAUAGAGAAACGUCAAGGGAGCUAUGGGCAUGGAUGCAUACCAAACGUUACCAACAACGGCAAGUACAAUGCAUGGUGCUCUUGA